AUGAGUAAUUAAUUGGCAUUAAGAGAAAGCAAAAACGCAUAAUCAAAUGGUGAAGUAAAUCUAAAUCUUUAAGACAAACAAAUAGAUUCUAGUCGACUAAAGCUUCUUUUAAGCAAAGCACUGACAAAUAAUUUUAUACAAUCACUAGGUCUUUAGUUGAAUGGUAAUAUUAUAGGUGACAAAGGACUUUAAGAGCUUGUUUCUUAUUUAAAUACUCUUCAAAAGUUAGAGAAGCUUUCGUUAUUUCUUUCAGGAAAUAAAUUUUCUAUUGAAGGCGUAUAAAAGCUUCUUAACUUUAAAUUGAAUAGUAAUUUAAAGAAUCUAACCUUGCAACUUAGUAACAAUAUGCUAGGACAAGAAGCAAUUAGGGUUUUAGGACUAUUUAUCAGUAAGUUAUCUUCUUUAAAAUAGCUAAAUCUUAUCUUAGAUAACUGCGAUUUGGGAAAUUGUGGUGCAAUAUAUUUGUGCUAACAAAUAAAAGGACUUAAAAAGCUAAAUGAGUUAUAUCUCAAUCUUAAUGAUAAUUCAAUUACUGAUAAUGGAGUGAUCAGCUCAGUAAAUGAAAUUUGUUAGAUAAAAAGCUUAGCUUCAUUAGGACUUGAUAUUUGUUCUCAUAAAAUAGAUUCAUAAAAUUGUAAAUAAUACUAGUACUAACUUUACUACAAUGUGAUUAGCAACGACUGUGUUAAAUAUAUUAUCAAAACAAUUGGAUCAUAACUUACUGGAUUAAAAGUAUUAAAUUUGGAUAUCCUGUAUUACACUAACCAAUCAUGCUAACUAUACAAAAAGCAAGGAUACGAGGGUUUAGAAAAAGAUUUGAUAUUCUCUAAGUCAGAGAUAUCUAACCUCUUAGAAAAUACUUUUUCUUAAAUUUAAACAAAAUAAAUAAAAAUUUGA